AUGAAUAGUAAUAAAUCAUGUUCUUUGUGCAAGUGCACUUUAUUACAUCCAGAGGCAUUUAUUUUUGAAAACAAGUCUUACAAGACAUGUGCCAAUUGCUUAACUAAGAGAUUCAACAAGAAAGCAGAGAAACGAUUUCUUCCAUCGGAUAAUGACUCUGAAAGCACUAAUAUCAGAACAGAAAGUCAAUCAGAAAACAAUACAGACAAAAUUGCCUUUAUUAAUAUUAUAGAAUAUAUUUCUAAUCAAAAUUCUAACCUUGAAGAAGACUCAGGCAUUUCUUUUAACUUGCACAUUAAAAUUGAUGAUAAUAUACUAGCAAAUGCACAACAUGAUACAAAACUUUUGGUAAAGUUAAUAGUAGACGAGAUUGAGGAAGGUAACAG